GACCAAGCACCCCCCACACGAACACCGUUGAUCAUGUCCGCACUUGAUCAACUCAAAAAUUUCAAGCCUCGAUCCAUUCCACGCAACCUAAUGUUCCCUGUACCCGCGGUGCAGCAUAUCAUCUCCCAAAAAAGGAAAACUGUAAUAAGAGCUUCUUUUUUAUUUUUGGCUCACACACACACAGCGAGAGAUUCUUCUUCUACUCUUCUAGGGAGGGAAAGCGUAUUCCUCGUGGGCAGCUCUCUCCACCUUGGGUUUAAAUUCCCUGCGACGCAACUCGGCGGCCAGAGCUACACCUGCACCGGAAUUGAAGAGAUCAGAGUGGUGGGAGGAGAGUCGGAGGGAGGGAGGGAGAUGACGUCAGACGGCGCGACGUCUACUUCAGCGCCUCGGAGGAAGCCAUCGUGGAGGGAGAGGGAGAACAACCGGAGGAGAGAGAGGAGGAGGAGAGCUAUAGCUGCCAAGAUAUACACCGGACUUAGGGCUCAAGGGAAUUACAAUUUGCCCAAACACUGUGACAACAAUGAAGUCCUGAAAGCUCUCUGCUUGGAGGCCGGGUGGAUCGUGGAAGAAGAUGGAACCACUUACCGCAAGGGAUGCAGGCCACCUCCAAGUGAUAUUGCAGGCACUUCCACCAAAAUUACCCCAUUCUCUUCCCAAAAUCCAAGUCCUCUAUCUUCAGCUUUCCCCAGCCCCAUUCCAUCCUACCAGGUCAGCCCCUCCUCCUCUUCCUUUCCCAGCCCAUCAAGGCUUGAUGUCAACAACCCAUCUAGCCUUUUCCCAUUCCUUCGUAAUGCCAUUCCCGCAUCCCUACCACCUCUCAGAAUCUCAAACAGUGCCCCUGUAACCCCACCUCUGUCUUCCCCGACCUCAAGAAAUCCAAAGCUAAUACCCAAUUGGGAGUCCAUUGCUAAAGAAUCAAUGGCAGCCUUCAAUUACCCUCUCUAUGCUGUGUCUGCGCCUGCUAGCCCAACUCAUCGUCAGUUCCAUGCCCCUGCAACUAUACCUGAAUGUGAUGAGUCUGAUACAUCCACCGUUGAAUCUGGUCAAUGGAUAAGCUUUCAAAAGUUUGCACCAUCUACAUCUGCGUUUGCUCCAACCUCUCCAACAUUUAAUCUUGUGAAACCAGUGGCCCCAGUAGUUUCACCUAAUGAUGCAAUCAAAGAGAAUGGACGAAGUGCAGAGUUCCAGUUCGAAAAUAUGCAGGUAAAGCCAUGGGAAGGGGAGAGAAUUCACGAGGUGGGAAUGGAUGAUCUAGAGCUCAAACUUGGAAGUGGGAAGGCUCAUUGUUAAGCUUUGAGACUUCAGCAAACACCCAUGUAAGUGGAAGAAAAAGCUGUUCUGCUUGUUUGUGGUUCCGGUAGCCAUAUAUUGAAGAGCAUUUUCAUUCUGUAGUUUUAUCCUUUCAUCCAUCCACCGGGAAUUGGACAUCCUAAAUGAUUCCGGGGCGGAGUUACAUUUUUAAUCUGCAAUUCUUUUUCAUUUUCUUUGUGAAAAUUUCUUGUUUUAGUUUUAGUCAGUUUAGAGCACAUUCCCUUGUUGAAUUGUGGGGUAAGCAAGAUGUGAUUUACAAGCAUUACAUGUAGAUACUGUGGGAUGCUUCUUGUGAUAGAAGUGUUUUUAUCUUCUCUGUAGGCUUUGUUAAAACCUCACAAAAUUAAUUAAAUUAUUUUCAGUUGUUUGUAUCAUUGAGUCUUGGAAGUUUUAAGUUCUUUUGUGUAACUUGAGCUCAGUUCUGAGAAUGCUAGCGAAAAAACAAGUAGGUCAAACAACUUCUUGUCAUGUUGAAUUGGAACCGGGAACUCCUCAUUUUUCAUCGUGGAAUGAAGUAUAAAGUGGGUCUGUUAAAGCAUCAGGGAAGAUAAGGUAUUCUCAUCAGCUGAGAUAAAAGACAGGCCAAAUACGGAAUAAAGUGAACAUGAAGUA